AAAAACGAGAAAGGGUUAAUCAGAUAACAUUUUCUGAUUAUUUUUUUUAAGUUUUAAAAAUUACUAUCAUUCCAUUAUAAAAAAAUUAAUUUGAAUUAGGUACGCCAUGUGAAUUUUUGACGCCACUUUCGUGAUUUUUCUUUGUUUUCCUUACUUAAAGAUUUGAUUCUAAAUUUAUUAAUCAAAUUUUUAAAUGAUGACAUUUAUCUGCUCCCUGUCUUCAAAUUUAAUCUUGAAACGAGUUAAAUCUUAAACCCUUUUUAUAAACCCAUAACACUUAUAAGCUUUAAACGACUUUAUUUUCUUAUAUGGCUUUAUUAUUUAGCCGAUAUACUACAUAAUCUCUAGCUUUUCACAAAAUGCCCAAUUUCGCCCAUUUCGCCGAAAGGCAGACAAAUUUCCACACAACAUACAAAAACUACAUACAAAGUGGGUGCGGAAAAAAGCCCGUACAACGGAAGUAUUCAUAAGAAACAAAAUGUUGCUGGCAUUUCCGUUUUAAUCUGCAAAAUUGAAAAUUAAAUUGCACACAUCCAAGAUCAUGAUGAAAAUUAGUAAUUAAUACCGAAAGCCCCUUUUGCCGCACUAUACACUGAAACUUUCUUCUCUCGCAAGUGCGGUUUAUGUUUUCAAUCAGCGUCAAUCUCAAUUUCCAUAAAACAACCCACAAGUGCAAGCGAAUAAUGUGAGUAUUUUAUAUAAAGUUAUUAAUUCUCCUCACCCCCGCCCCCCAACAACAGCCUUUUAAUAAAUUGUGAAGGCUUCGCUUGAACUAAAUUUAGCUACAGAAAUUGAUGAUUUUAAUCCACAUCCUCCUGCACUUUGCUCCCAAAAUGCUGAGAUCACUACACUUUUGCUUGAGAAUUUGUUAGGAAAGUUUUCUUUGAGGAAGAAAUUAGAAGGUGUGGGGGGUGUUCUUACUCUAAAUGCUGUAGGAGAAAUUGAAAAAUUAUAUUCCAAUAAGUAUUCCAGAGACUCAACCUACCCCAAUUUGGGAGUAAUUGGUAAAACAACGUGAGCAGCUUAUCAAUUAGUAAAUGAACUCUCUCACAGUGAACCCACCUGCUGAAUGGUGAGGCAAUUAAUGUUAUUGCACGUGAAGUGGGCACUCUACUUCUGCAGUGCUUGCACGCCGCGGUAUUUUAUAGUAGGGCCCAUAUGAAUUGCGCUUGGAAUGAAACAAAUUACUUCCCAAUCACACUGUUAAAAAUUCUUGGAAAAAUUUGUCAAGAAUUUCCCGUGAUUAUUGAAAUUAGGGAAAAUUUAUAAAAUGAAAAUUAUUUUAUCUACACACAGAGAAAUUUUGAUCAAAAGUGGCAGUGAAAUUGUCAUUUUUUGCGAGUGUGCCACUUGCAUUCGUUAAUGACGAAUAUUUUUCCUAUAUUGUUUACAUUGGAGAGUGCGAAUCAAACUGAGGUUAUGUGCGAAUAUCUCACUCGCAUUCGACUAAUACGAAUAAUUUUUCUGUGUGUAUUACGGAAAAUUACUUUUCCCGCUAUUUUACGAACCGUGAAACUCUGUAACUUUGAGCUUGAAGUAAGAUUAAAAUUUACAUAUUCGUGGUAGGAAAUUUAUAAUUUUUCAAGUUGAAAAUCUGGAAUUUUCAUUCAAUUAUAAAUACCUAAUUACAAAAUAAAAUUUAAAAAAAUCUUACAAAAAUGUAAAUCUAAGCCAUUUAACUAGGCAAAAUUAAAUAAAGGAAAAAGAUAAAAUACAUAACCACAAAUAUUUCUAAAUAAUUAGUUUUACGAGAAACUUUCUUCUUAGAACUUUCUAGCUAGACAACUGGGCUCUUUCUAGAUUAAAAAUACAAUUUUACAACCUUUUCAUGGAUCUAUCAUGACUGACUCCACCCCAUAUCUUCCGUAAGGUAAAAUAAAUUUGAAUUUAAACCGUUAUAAAAGCGCCAUAUUUGUUUAAAAACUUUUGUUUCAAUUCAAAUUCCUCUCAAUUACUCCAUUAAUCAAUUAAACUAAUUUCAAUGCACAACUUGCAGUCAUUGUGCUGCUAAAGAAUUUCUAAUCCAUGUAUAUGUAUUAAGAACAAACUUAUUAGCGUAUACUACACAGAAAAUUACACAAUGUCUUAAUGGCUUUCUUGGAAAAACACCGUGGGUUAUUUUUGAGUGUAAUGGUGCUCUAGAAAUUUUUACCAGAAAACUCAUUAACACACACAUAGCGAAUUUUCCGCUGUUUUUCCACCCGCGAGACCCGAAAAGAUCAAUGGCUCGAUAGCGCGUGGGUUGAUAAGAAGUUAUCUCUUAUCGUCGUACAAACAAACCAACAUUUUAUUUGGUCUCUGCUUUUUGCAGAUUUUACUUCAAGAAUCGUGACUGUCUGUUUAGCUUUUUAAUUAAAUACAUACAGGGUACCUGUGUAGAGGUGGCAAAAGAGAGCCACGAGGAGGAUGUUGCGAAUGCAAAAUGCUUCAUUGGAAUCGUGAUACGGAUUCGAGCUUACAUAAGUCGCUGAAAUUACUUAAUCGCAUAUAAUUGAAAAUAAAAAAAAAUUGCAUGUGCGCCACUUGAGAUGCUUUCGACGCACGAUACAAAUUUAGAUGUGGCGGUCACUUUGGGGGAACUCGUGGAUGCCUCUUGGGUUGUUUUGGAACAAUGACAGGAGAGCCAUAAUUCAAGAAUGUUCUUCCUCCCAAUCAGGCAUUUCCCUUCCUCUUGGAUUAGAAUGGCGCGAUGUGAAUACAAAAUGAUCUACGCGGUAUUAGCACGACUCAUUGAUCCUCGUUUCUCUAUUUAACUUUCGUUCUGUGGUGCUCGCGGGGAAUUAGUCUGGCAAUUAUCUAUGUUGAAGAAAGUUUAGCGUCAAAUAACGGACAUUUACUUCGUUGUUUAUUAAUUUAAACUGCAAAAUUCCCACCAGAGGCGCUGAAACUACACAACAAUGGCAGCCAUUUUAUUUCUGUUAUUAACAAAAUGGUCGCAAUGGCGUCUAAUUAACUAAACUCAUAAAAAAACACAAAACUCUCUCUAACAUAAAAACAAACUAAUUUAGAAAAUGUACCAAAAGGUUGUAGAAGAAAGCACAAAAUUGCGAGAGAAAAUACACAAAAUAAGCACCAUCUAACCGCCCCCAAGUGUGCCCCUGAGAGACGAACACUGCGACGCUGUUCACGUUGAGGAAUACACACUGCACUGAUCCAAGUGGUGUUGUCUGUGAAGUUGGUUUUGCGGUGUGGCCCCAGAACUCCCAAGUGCUUGAGUGUCUUGGCAGUCCGCGAGGGAAGUGAUAUACGCGCAAAAGUAUCGUAAGCGCGGCGUGCGAUUCCGAUUGAUUCUGGGGUGCUGAAGUUUGGGAAAGCAGUCGCGAUCGUCGUGCCCGCCGAGGAAGAUUCUUUUGUUAAAUCCGCUCUGCGCAAUAUUCUGCGUAAACUUUCGGUGGCAUCUCCGUCGUCGCACCCUCAUUGGAAUGCCGCGCAACAAGCGUCGCCGCAGCAGACGCAGGGCACCGCGAGAGGUGCAAUCGCGAAGUGAUGAUUCGUGCGAAAAUCCGUCCGAUGGCAUGCAGCCAAGUGAGGAGGAAGCAAGCGUGAGUGCGGCUGAAAGUGAAAAUUCCCAACACGAAGAGGGGGCCGAGGGUACGACAGAUAGUGAUGAUAAGGAAAUCAUCAGUGAUAUGUUAAUCCACGGCAGCGAAAAUAUGUGUGCAACGUCAUUAACUCAAGGGCAAAGUGAUGUUAAUCAUCAAUCACUGUUGGAUGAUAAAGCAUCACCAAAAUACAGGGUGGAAUCACCUGGUGUUUCGCAUCCGGGAUUAAUUAUAAAGAAGUCACAUAGCUUUGGGGAUACAACUGUGCAAAUUCAGGAACUAAGCAGUGGUGGAAGCUCUUUGGUUAAUUCUUUUGAUAAUCCAGGAAAUGUUUCAGAACCUGAGUCAUCAGAACUGGAAGAAGAUCCUUUGCAGGAUCCUUCAACACCUACAAAUGAGGACAAAUUAGAAUUUGACAUAACUGCUGAAGGAGCCUCAUCCAAAGAUCUUUCAUCUGAGCAGGAUGAAAAAAUCCGCGAACUUAUAUCGUCAUUCAUGGAAUCUGCUCCAUCUAGAGAAAAAUCCCCGCCUGAAGUUAUAGCCCAAAGAAAGUUAGAUAAAACAAGGAAGAGAGCAGCAAUAGAAAGCCAUUUUGCACCGCAAUUUAUGAAUCCCCGAUUCCUAGACAGCAUUCGUGAGGAAUCAAGUGAUACAGAUGGAGGAAGUGAUCGUCUUUCAGUAGACCGAAAUCCCAAAGAAAUUGAUAGAGAUGAAGACAUGUUCGACGAAGAAGAUGAUGAUGUUUUUAUUGAUAAUGCCAAAGUUUCCAAGAAAGCCAAUGCUGUCUUCCCUAAAGGAGUCACAUUGAACCUUUCUGAACGCCGUAAGCAUGUUUCAGCUCUACGGAAGCCAGUAUCAGGAAUUAUACGGGAAGAACCGCAAUGUGUUUUACUUGAUACAAAAAUUCUAGAACCCGAAUCAAUACCCGGAAGUUCCUCAACGUGGGAAACCACAAAGACUGAUGAGGUUCAAGGGGCUGAGGUGGUAUAUCUCGAAUCAGGCUCAAGUAGUGCCAGUGAAUUGGACUACUCUGCUGAUGGUGAUGGUGAAGAUUCCGUAACGGAAGACGUUGAUGUUCGAAUUGAAACUCCUGUGAUUGAAUCCGAUGUCUCUGCAUUUGUACCACCAGAUGAACAAUCUGAACUUUUAUUACCUACUUCUUGUAAAUCAGAGUCUGAAUCAAUAGCUGAUUCCCAUUCGGAACCUCAUUUAGAAAUUUUGUCAGAGCCUGCCUCAGAAAUAGUAUCUCAGGCUUUAUCAAAGUCUGAAGAUGAACAAUUUGAUCCAGUAUCAGAACCUCGUUUAGAGUCAGAGAAUGAACAAUUAAAUCCAAUAUCAGAACCUCUAUCUAUGGGUGCGUCUGAACAGUUAGACCCAAUGUCAGAACCUCUGUCAAUAUCUGCGUCCGAAGUGUUAGAUCCAAUGUCAGAACCUCUGUCAGAAAUAGUGUCAGACCACCCGCCUUCGCCUGAUCCCCUUCCGAAUCCCGAUGAAUGUGAUAUACCUGAUUUCCAUCGGCAAGACUCCUCGGGGAGUAUCUCAUCCCAAACACACAGUACAUCAUCACACAGCCAGUGCACAGCUCGAUAUAUGGCUUCCUCAAUGACUGAUCUAGAGAUGGAUUUUGAACCUUCCGCCAUUGCAGGUGCUCCGGAGUCACCUUGCGAUCAAAACACCGAUAUGGCAUCAAGUACGACGCCUCAAUCACUGCGUCAGCAAUGCUUAGAUCGGCUAUCAACUAUGCCCUAUGGCAACAUAGUUCUACGUGAAUUGGCCGAUGUAUCACAAAAUAUCUCAGAUCUACUUGUUAAAGCACACGGUGUAAGUAAACCAGCCACCCCAUCACCGCCUCCUGUUCCAGCCCUUCCUGCUCGUGAACUUCUCAUAGAUGUGUCGGAUCCCUUCCAGGAUGGCAACUUUUACUCAUCAGAUCCACAGAUAGCACGGCAUGCUACACCACCGCCAGUACCAGCACGCCCCACAGCCGUACACCCCAAUUCGGCCCAUGACUCACUGCACCGCGAUGGAUCGCGAGAUGGAAUCGCAUGCGCCAAGGACGACAACAGAUUGUUGGCAAUCAUCCGAGAGUCCGAGAAUGAGCAUCAGCAGUCCGCCCCAGCGGCCGCCGAGUCCAGUGCGACAGAUCAAGUGCGUGACGUCACAAUGGUGAAAGAUCCGCGAGAGUUUGACAAUAUGUUCGAGGCGCUUUCAAAGCGUUUCUCAAACUACGAAUUAGGCCACGGGGCGGCAAAUCACGCGGCUACCACGAAACGCUUCUCAAACAUCGAAACAAGUUCCUACGAAUCGUGUCGAAGGGUUGAAAAUGGCAGGGUUGUUGUGGAUGAAAUGAAGCGGCAUAGCGAAAAGAUCACGGACGAUAAUGGGGAUGUGAGCAAAAGUGUCGAGAGUGAAAGUAGCGCGAUGCCAAAAGACAAGGUCGGUGCAAAUUGUGGAAUGGACGAAAAUAGCAAAGGGGGAUUUCUUAAUAGAGACUCAGGGACGACCAAAAUAUGCGGUGAUGACUUUCUUCGUGUGACGCGGCGUGAGAAAGUGGAUGACAAUUUUGAUUUUGUGCCACGGCGUCGUGCGGGCGAUCGCAGGGCGUGGGUGUCGCGCAAUAACUUAACUGUGGUUGAUGAGUCGCCCGAGAAUGUGACCCGUCCACUGGCACGGGAGGACAAUCUCUGCCGUGGCCAGAGAUCAGCGACGGAAAUAAAAGCCCCACGACUGAGUGAGCUUGACGCGAGCGGAACCGAACAGCAUUUCGAUUUACUGCAAAAUAAGGUGUCGCAGCGACGAUCAAUGAUUGACACGACGCCAAUUACACCGCAUGUCGGCACUGGGAGGCGUCUCUCACUGCCGAGGGAUUUCCAUGAGAAACAAUUGCAAUACAUCCGACAGAAGGAGGCAGAACUCCAGGCAGAAUUUGAAAAGCUUGAACUCGAUCGGAAGCGCCUUGAGGAAGAGAUUACAACCAUGCGUAUGAGUACUGUGCGCGAUGAGAGUCAAUCAAAGAGAUCAAGUCUCUUGAGUGAGGAAGAAAUAUUCAGGCAGCAAAUGCAUUCUGAAUGGUUAGACAAGGUGGCUGAGCGGGAGGAGCGUCGCCUGCAGAAAGUCAUGAAGGUGACCAAGUCAACGGAUGAUAUUCCCGUUGCAACCAAGUCUGGUCCGGCGGAUAUUGAAAAUGAAUUUCUUCGCAAAGUCAAGGAACGCCGAACGAAGCUCUCAAUGCCUGCUGAUAGUGAUUGGGAAAGUGGGGCUGAAUCACAACCCCAACCUCGGGAAUCCCAGCGUGAGCCAACAGUGCACAAUGUCGAAGUGAAAGUCGUAGAUGGUGAAAAGGAGGCCACCAUUAACAAACUCCCAAAACAUCUGCAGGAGUUUGCAGAGUCCUUCACAACGACAACACAUGAUUCUUCUACUGGCUCACCACCUCCAAAGCCAAGACGCUUCCAACCAAGGUGGAAGGAUACAAAGCAGGAGGUUCAGCUUCGACCACGUAAACCCAAUCAGGAGCUUUCGGCAUCGCAACUCACCCUCAAUCGCAAAAGCUUAUCGGAGAGUGAUCUCCUGCACGAAAUUGAUAAAUCACUGGUACUGGCCAAAGGAUUCCUUUUCGCACGCGGCAUCUGGUCACCCACGAAUAAGUCAGAGCCAAAUGUGUCGGAGAGUCAGGCAGCAGAGUCGACAGAUGGGGCGAUUCCACUUCCGCCACCACCACCACCCAUUUGGACACCACGCAGUGCUGGACCGUCGCCACAGCUUGGGGGCAGGAAGGCGGAAUUCCGGCCAGUCCCCUUUGAGUCACCCACACUCACGCGGAGACGCUUCACGAGGAACCCAUCGGAACCAACAUCACCACCCGUGCAGCCACCAUGGGCACACCCGGGCUUUGAGAAAGCCCCGGAGGUGGCUGCACCAACGAAUUCCGUUCAGCGCAUUGCACAGAGUUUCUCAUCGCCCAACAUCCCCAACAUCAAUCACACGUCGAAGUUGCCCAGAUCCCAGAAUCCCACGGUGACACUUCUGCAGAAGGCGAGAGAGGAGCGCACCACGAAAGUCACCCAGGCGGACACGAGAGCCCAGCCCAAUGAAAUAAUUCAUCCCAUCAGGCUCGAGAACUCCAAUUCAGAGUCCGACUACGGGAGGAGCACGAUGACCGAGGUUGCAUCAAGGCAGACUGAUGGGGUUGGGGGGCAAACACUCAAAGAAGGAAUGCCAGUUGUGCUGCGAUCGGAAAUUCGAGAUGACAAUCAGACGAAAUGGUACAAAAAAGUCUACAAUACAAUACACAAAGCCAAAGAUGAUGAUGAUUAUGUGACAGUCCGCUACAAAACUCGGCGAGGCCGCUACCCCUACCGCUCCAAUGGGUACAUGUCGGAGCCAGAGCCAAACUAUGACUCCGACUACUCGUACAGGUACACCACCCUCGAUAGAAGACGCACUCCAUCAGCCGGAAGUCAAUACGAUGACAGUCGGGCGUAUGGAACAAUGCCAAAUCCCAUUCGUUCAGGACACAUCUCCUAUCGCAAUCAACCAGGAAGAAUUGAGGACUACACACCGGGACGUUCCUCCGUGUCCGAGAGGGAGAAAAGAGAAUGGUGGGACGAGGUUAUGGAUAUCUUUGACGGGCAUUUGGAGCAGCAGCGCAUGGCCACAAACUACAGCCAAGGAUAUCUCUCAAGAGCUUUGAAGGAGCAGGGGUAUGAAAGUGAUUCGUCUCUUGUGUUCCGGAAGCGUGAUGAUGCCACCCUGACACCCCUAAGCCCUGUUGAGCAGAAAUUGGCAUAUAGGAGCGUUCAAGCGGGCGGUGAGCCACCACUCCAGGGAUUCCGGAAGCCAGCACCUGAGAAACCAAAGGAUGAGGCAGAACCGGAAAUUGAGUAUAUUCCCAUCACGUCGACUCUCACAAAAAUACGCGUCCACCGGAAAGUACCCCAACCACAAGCAAGGGAGGUUCUUUGCUACCCCAUUACCAGCAUCACGAGACCCAUUGAUAUGUUCGGAGCUUUUCCCAAGGAGGUUAAGUCUUUUGUACCAACAGUCCCACCGGCACCACCUAGUCGAAAAUCCAGUAGAAUCAAUUCAACGCUCAAGCUUUUCUCAGAGACAAAGGUAACAUCCCCCAGAAGUCAUCACGCCUCAUGCUUUUCAUCCACUACGACUACCUCCAAAGCUGGAAGGUCUAAAUCCGCAUCGGCCACGUACUCAGCCUCCACACUCAAGGAAGAGAAGAAUCUAACCAAUAGCACCCGGAUUCAAGCAAAUAAACAAAUUAAAAGUUACUCAGCAUCCAUUUCACCAAGAUCCUAUUCAGCUGAAACAAGAAGAUCCAGCCCAAGCCCUGUAGCUUUUGGUAGAAGUAUCUCCAAAGAGAGAACAUUUGCCGAAGAGAAGAAACGUCUCGAGGAAGCUCUUCCCCAGUGUCGUCGCCUUAAGUCUGUAACAACAAGAAUUUUAAAGAAGAGCGACGUAACAUCCCCUGAUGCAGUGAAAAAAGCCAUCCACAGCACCUUUCGAAUUUCCACUGCAAAAGAUAAGCCCGGAACAACAAUUCAAUCCAGUCGAAAGACUAAAUUGGGAAAUGCAGGAAACGUUGUUAAAUCUUCAAGCCAUCUCACAAGUAGUCGCACUACAACUGCCAAAGAGAAAUCCGGCAGAACUUCCCUCGCUAUUUCAUCUACGAGCAGGACGCUUCAUAAAACUCCCACGAACACUCGAAGUCGCUCUGUGGGAAAAUCCGCAAACCCCACUGUAACUAAAACGCUGAAAACAUCAUCACUGAAAGCAACAAAAACCAAUGGGAAAUCAACAUCAAAUCUAAGUUUAGCCCGAACGAGUUCGACGUACUCAAUCGACUCUACGAAUUCAAAACGACGAGCUCCUUGUCGACCAACAACCAUCACCAGAUUCCCAAUAAGUGAGAAGAAACCCAAAAAGAAGGAGCUCAAGAAGAAAGACGAAGAAAUACAACAUGGUCACGUUGAGAAGGAAAUUGUAAAGUUCGAAGAAGCCUUCAAGGAUGAAAUUGAGAAGAAGCACCGAGAAUUCCAGGAUUCAAUAAACAGAUCCAUCAGACAGCAUUCUGAUGCAAUUAAGACGGACUGUUUCUUCCAAAACCUCUUUCUGAGGGACUUUGCUCAUACCUCACUGCCAGUUACAACUGUUCAGUCGUCUGUUCUUGACAAAGUUCGCUUGUGGAAUUCCUUGACUACCAAAUCAGAACCGACCCUUCGUCGAUCAAACUCCUAUCUCAUUCAAAAGCGUCCAGUUACUUCGUCUAAAUUUAAAAUUCAAGAACGAGAACAUUUUCGCCAGUCUCGAAGUCUCAGCCCAGUUAGGGUUUUCCGUCCAGGACGCCUCGCUUAUGAGCACAUAAGCAAAUUUGAUUCAUUCUAUCAGCUCUCGGAUGAGGAAGAAGAAUUCGGGAGUUUAACAGAAUUCAACUACAGCUACCAAGAGAGAAGCCGCAGCGAACCUCCAGGAAGUACAAUCUUAACUGAAAUUGUUCGUCCAAACUCCCCAGUUGUUAUCCAUGGCCACAGGAGCGCUGCGGAAUGUAGAGAAUCUUCCCGUAGCAGCACUAGAUCUCCAUCAUGCCGUCGUAUUCAAAGCUUCCGUUCGACAACACAGCAAACAACAUCCGAGAAAUGCCCAAAAACUGUAGCCAGAGCAAGGAGUCUCAACAGUGCUGACCGGAAUCAAGCCAGAAGGGAUUUUCUCAAUGAUCAGCUAUCACACAGUUCAUGCUCACUGAACAUUCUUGAGAAGCACACCCCAGUUUGUAAUCACAGAAAAUCAGAGCGAUUCCAAGAGCUAAAUAAAUUCUACUCAAACCUAGAACGGGUAGGACAGCUUGAGAGAGCAACUUCAUCAUCGGAUCUACGACCAAUUCGACGUCAAGAGGAAAUUAUUGAUUUUGAUCUGUGGAAGAAGAUUCGAGCUCAUGAAAAAGCCGAAAAGGAACUAAACUUCCUGGUUGGUAAAUUGAAACAAGAGCAAAGAGACAAAGAUCUACUCUUUCGUCCGAAAGAUGUGGAAGAUUUGCGAUGGAAAGAGCAUCUUGAGCCAGGAUUAAGAAUUAAGGAAAAAUCCGUUGAAGAUUUGAAGGAGUUAUUCCAACAAAAAGCCAGUGAAGCCUUCCCCGACGAAGAGAAGCGUCAAGAAAUUGAAUCAACCAAGGAUACUUACAAGCCUUUCUGGCGUGGAAACUCUGUUCUGGAUCUUGCAACCAACAUGGUUGUUAAAUACAAUCCAGGUGAAGUAAGAAGAAUUCCACGACGUCAAGAAAUGCGUGAUGAAAAAUGUUUUGGGCUCAGUCGAAAACUUGUUAGCACUUUAAGCAGAGAUCAGGUGGCAAAGCUCAAGAAUCAACUAAAUGAGAUCUACAGUUCAGGGCCAGGUGAGGGAAAGAAAGAGAGCAAAUAUGAAGAAAUUUCUGAAAAGUACAUCGUAACCGUUCCAUCGUCCCCAGCUGCUGAGAAGAAGUCAACUCCAUUGACUGUUCGAAGUCAGUCACUUGUUUCCCGAGAAGAACUUCUUACGCCUGUUCUGAAGCGUCAUCAGGCACGAAUAGCCUUGGACAAGGCUGAAUCAAUCAGUUCAAUAAGUGAAGAUAAAGUUUCCAAAGUUAUUCAUAAAUUUGAAAAUGUCGUUACAAAAACUGGAGAACGUAAUCAGUUGACAGAGGUUGAGAAGAAACGCCUUUCUGCGUCAUUUUGCCAUGAAAUAAAGGAUCUUGUUGCUCAAAGAAGGCAGCGAAUGGCUUCUCCAUCGGUAGUUGCAGGAAAAGAAACAAGAGGAGCCAUUGCAGCGGAGAGUGCAAAGGAAACUCUUCCAGGGAGGCCAUACUACUCAUUGGAGCUUACAGAAACAGUUCAAUCAACAUCUGAUGGUGGCACCUUGAAGUCUUCUAAAGUCCAAACGAAGACUCUUCGUUCUGGUGAUAAGAAGACAACACAGAAAAUCGUUGUGAAAGAAGCUUCGCAACGUCCUGCUUCAAAGUGCGAGACCGAAAGUGGAUCAUCGGAAGCAUCCAAUCGUACGGUGAUCUAUCGAACUGGAGAUGAUAUCAAAAAUAAAAUUCAGUAUUUUGAGGAGAAAGAAAAAGACGAUGCACCAGGAAGUAUAAUUUAUCAUGCUAGAGAAGACUCCUCGCCAGAUGAAGAAGAAGUCAUGAAAAUUGUUGAGCAGAAAGUAAAGCAGCGACGGGCUGAAGCAGAAAAGAAACUUCAGCAGGAAAUGAAGGCAUCGCAAUCCUUUACUGAUUUAAGAGAAAUAUUUGGUGAAAAGACAUCUGUGGUUAGCAGCUACAAUUGCAAGAAAUCUCGCUCAGUAUCUCCGGCUAAGUCUCCAACAAAACGCCAUACAUCUCCUGAAAAAUCCCUAUCCAAUACAGUGAGUAUUGAGAGCGUCUCCUUGAGAUCUCGAAGUAUUUCUCCGGAGUACGAUAGCUUGCAGCGAUCCUACCUCAAUAUGGUCCACACGGGAGAUGUUCAGAAGAUGAGGAGUAAAUUUGAGAGCUUAAGCAUAAGCCCAUCUCCUGUUGGGAUGGUGCCAAAAAAACCACGGAGAUUUCGAAGUGAUCCAGAUCUGUCGAAGUCUUUUUUAGGCGAACGGGGUGCAAGCCCCGUCAAAACUACGGUUCGAGAUCAUGAAAUGGGUGACGUUUCGUGGAUUACGCAUAAGUUUGAGACAAAAAACGCCGCUGCCGUUGCAGAGAGAAGCCGGAGCCGCACCAGGAGAACUUCUUCUCCUAUUCAAAAAGUUGCUUUCAGAAGGGAUGAUCGUCGCUUUAUGCCGCACAUUGACAUAAUCAGCAAGACGGCGUCUCUGAAGAAGGAAAUUAAGCGGACAAGCUCAGUCAACGGAACCACCGACGCCCCAAUCCGGCCAGGGGAAGUCGAAAAGAUUCGCCAUAAAUUUGAGGAGCAUCAGAAUAUGUCGCUCCUGGGUCAAAUGUACACAUCAGCCCCGGAUAUCACAGAACUCAAGGAUAUCUCAUCCUACCUAUCAGGCUCAUGGGUGGCACAUCGUUAUCCCAAGCCUCAGGAUAACGCCAGGUCGCCAAAUGCAAAGAAUAUGUCCUCAACUGAUGGUAUUUCAGUGAAGAAACGCGAUUCUCGACCUAGUUCAACAUCUCCUCCACGUACCAAAUCCCUUGCUGCCAAGAUCCUACGACCUUUCUAUGAUGCCUUUGCCGAUCAGAAAUUCGAUCCACUCAUCCAUAGACCCAAGUCACGCUACAUUCCCGAUAUGAAGCGCGAAGCUGAGGUGCUUUGGGAGAAGAUUCACGGAAACAUCCGCAAACCGUCUGUGAAAUUUCAAGGUGGACACACUUUUUACCUUAAAAAUUCAAACACAAAAUACACACAGAAAAAAACAACGAACUUCCCUUUCAGGCACAAACUAUCAACACAGAAUAGCACAUCCUUCUUUUCAUGAGAGCUUCCAUAUCAAUAUGUGUUCAAAUUUUGAGGCUUUUUAUAUUUUUUGCAUAAGGCAAAGUUCAAGCGGAAGGAUUGUAAGUGGUUGAAAGUGUACAGAAAUGGAUCCAUUUGGAGUCAUUUUCAUGACAUUUCCGGCCGGAAGUGAGAACAAUUUCGUUGAGUGAUUCUGUAAAUUUAAGGGAGAAAAAGUAUUUGAGAGGAAAUUUUAUAACUUUGAAUUUAAAAUCCUUAUUUCAAAGAAUUUUUUUUAUUAUAAAAUCGUCUUUAUUAUGAUUUUUAUAAUUAACAUGCGAUGUUAUGCUGUUUCUGCAAUUUUUAAAAGGUUCUGUAAAAUCAUUUUUGAAUAGAAUAAGUUUUAUUCCCCAGUUAAGAUAGCUGAGAGCUUCAUAACACUAAAUUUGAUAAAAGCUAAUUGCCAAAAGAUGUCGCUAAUUUGAGAUCAGAAACAACAUCAUACAUAAAAGUUGAUAAGAAAUUAUUAAAUAGGAACUAAAUUAAAAUUAAAUCUUAAGGAAAAAUUUAAUUGGUAAAAAUGUUAUUAAUUGAAAAUUUCUCCUAAACAAUUAUUUAUUAGUUUUCCAGUAAAAAAAACGCCAUCUAUUGGCAAAAUUAAAUUAAGUAUGAAGAAUAUUAAUUUAUUCAUUACGCAAGAUAUAUUUUUUAUCUUCAUAAAUCAAACUUUUUUAAAACCAUGAAAUUCUCCAACAACAAUCACUCAACUUAAUCGUUAAACUAUAAAAAGUUUUUUUUCUGUGCAGGAAAAACCAUAAUCUGCACGUAUUAAUAUAACUUGAGGAAUUAUUUCAAUAAGACCAAGAUAAAACGAGAAAGUUGAAGAAAUCUCUGAGAUGUGAAAAGUUCUUAAGUGGUUUCCGUUGUCGGUUAUAAUCCAUGUGGAUUCCAUCUCUUUGCCAACAUUUUCUUCCUCAAUCAUCCUGUGAUUGAUGCGAAUGGGGCAAGACGCUAAAAUAUUGAUAUGGAAUCUUGUGAUAUUAAUCUCACUUCUCCCAAAAACUUUAACCCUUUCGCCAUUCCCUCAGGCGAUUUAUUUAGUUUCUCUCUCUCCCUUCAAUUUUCCUCUCUUUCUCUCGUUCCAGGAAAUAUAUAAUUUCCACCUCUCCUU